GGGUGGGGCGAGGCGGUGCUGGGCUCUGGCUCGCGCUCCGCGGACGGAAGCUGCGCGGCAGCGGGAGCCGACGACGAGGCUCCGGACGCUGCUCAGGAAACAGGGACGCCGGAGUGCCUGCGCCCCGCGCACUGAGCCCCGAGGCGGUGAGAGGUCAUGGCUGAGUACGGGACCCUCCUCCAGGACCUGACCAACAACAUCACCCUUGAAGAUCUGGAGCAGCUCAAAUCAGCCUGCAAGGAGGACAUCCCCAGUGAGAAGAGUGAGGAGAUCACCACAGGCAGCGCCUGGUUUAGCUUCCUGGAGAGCCACAACAAGCUGGACAAAGACAACCUCUCCUACAUUGAGCACAUCUUUGAGAUCUCUCGCCGUCCUGACCUGCUCACUAUGGUGGUCGACUAUAGAACCCGUGUUCUGAAGAUCUCUGAGGAGGAUGAACUGGACACCAAGCUAACCCGUAUCCCCAGUGCCAAAAAGUACAAAGACAUUAUCCGGCAGCCUUCUGAGGAAGAGAUCAUCAAAUUGGCUCCUCCACCGAAGAAAGCCUGAGCAAGGGGGAGGAAGAGGAGGAAGGUUGGACCUUCAUCGAACCACUCCCUUCCCCAAUCCUCCAGGGGAGGGGACAAGGGCAACCCCCCCAAAAUCUACCCACUUACUAACCUGGUCCUAACCCCCUUACUGUACACGUGUGUGUGCGAGUGCGCACGCUCUGGCUGUCUGUCUACAUGUCUAGCUCAUCUAGCUCCUCUUCCUCGUGAGGGGCUGGGGGUCAGAGGCUGGGGGGGGCUGUUUCCCCACUCUACGGGGAGGAGGGGCUGUUUCUAUACAUAUAGAAAUGGGUACAUUCCUCCUACUUCCCCUUCCUCCAUGUCUCACGUGUGAGAGCAGAAAGGACCUACAUUAUCCUACAUUGAAGAGCUGAGGUAGAGUGAGGCACAGGAGAGGUAGGUGCAUCUAAUGAAAAGCAGCGGAAGGUGAAGAGGCUACCCAACUCCCACCUGGGAGGGGCACAGCCCGAGUUCAGUGUUUGUACCCCAUGCUGUACCCUUCAGGGGCCUAGGAUGGGUAUGAGCCAGGGCUCUAAUGACAGAGGACCACGGGAUCCUUUCCUGACCCCAGAAUUCAAACCCCACAGAGCACCCAGCAUUAGAUAUCCCCCACCCACCUCUGCUCUGGAGAGACUGUGCUAGGACAAUGCUCCCCUGAGCCUGAGAUGGGGCCGAGGGGCCCCUUUUCCACUCCUUUAUUCCUCUUCAGACUGUUGCACAUACUGACAGUGAGCCUAGGGAGGUUGGAGAAUGAGAUCCCUAGGUUUUAACUUCAAUUUCGCCCCCACCUACAGGGUCCCAGUGUGGUUAUUGUAGGCAGCCUUCCCGCUCCCUGGUCUAGAACACCCCAAGCCCGAAAGAAGGGAAGAAAUGAGUGUUUUCCUUUGUACUGAUCCCCAAAUCAAUCCAGGAGGGGACUUGGUAACCCCUCUCCCUCAAUAUCCUGGCGCCUUGGGCUUGUGAACGCCUCCUAGCCAAAUCACUAGAGUACAGUGACCCCAGCCUCCUGCCUGUCCCAUAUGCCCCUCCCCACCCUGACCGUGCUAACUGUGUGUACAUAUAUAUUCUACAUAUAUGUAUAUUAAACCCGCACUGCCAUGUCAGCCCUUUUUUGUGGUGUCUAGCAUUAACUUAUUGUCUAGGCCAGAGCAGGGAUGGGAGGGGAAUGCCACAGUGAAGGGAGCUGCAGAGUCAAGUUGCUACACAGUCAAAACAAAAAAGAAAACUUUUAACUAAAUUCACAUAAUCUCAACAGACUAUUUAGAGAAAGUUUAAGUUAGGGGCUUUACAGAUGUGGGAGCAAAACGCUAGUGGGAGGGGAGGGCUGGCUGUUUGGAAGCGGGAAGAAGCCAGACUGGAUGGAGAGCCCCCGCUCCUCCCAGCCCAGCCCAGCCUGCCUGCCCCCUCUGGCCACGGCUGCGGACACCUGCCUUAACACAUACACCUCGAGUACUCCACAGUUUUGCCUUAAAGGACCUUUCCAAGUUCCCCAAGCCCCGUCUGGCUUCUCCCUCAAAGAGAGAGACUUAUAGAAUUGGGAGGGGGAAAUGAACAUCAAUUGUCUUUCCAGUCAGGAUAUGUCACAUGAGAGUGAGAGCAAGAACAUGAAUGAGAAUGUGUACGGAGCCUGCCUUUGAAGAGAGGAGAGCAUGAGGAUGAGGUGUGAGAAGGAAGACGGGGCCAUUUUUAGCAGUCUAAUCAUUUCUCUGUAAGGCAAAAUCAUCUAAAAAGACUAACCUGCCCUCCCACCCUGUUCAGCUGAGACUGCUCUGUCCUGUGCUCCCGUGUGUGGUGUACACGGCCUUGUUCUAACCCUGGAAUAAAGGAGAUUGACUGUAAUUGUACCUGA